UCUAUUUCUCCAAAGGCUGUGUGGCUGACGCUUGUGGCUGCGCAGCGGUUGGCGUGGCGCAGCCCGGCACCCCUUUGGAAAAGGACCCUCAAACUGUUUACGGUCCGCCCAACCAAUGGCAAACAUGUGGGGUUGACCGUCUUAGACGCGUCUGAUACGCGGAUACAGCUUCACGCAUAGAUGGGUAACAUGCGACAGCGACAGAGAUGUCUCUUGGAAUCCUGCACCCCUUCCUGUAACAACUUCUCAUGGCGCCGCGCGUAUCCGUGCCUACGGCCACGCGACUGCCCUCUUCUCUGCGUGUAGAAGCAAGCCAUCCGGCCGUCGUAAAGGCCCUCAAUAAGCUCUCCAGGCCGUCGCUCUUAUCGAUUGUGCUCGACUGGCUCGACGACAAGAACCAAGGCAUAUGUCCGCCGCUGCUGCGUCCCGCGGAGCUGGACGAGGUCGGCCCAGAUGGCCAAGAGCAGGACGAUCCGUACGCAGAUGAUUUCUACCCGCCGGCGCGCUCCGUCGACGAGUUGCAGGAGCUGUACUCGGAUCUCCAGGACCGCAGGGGCGGCAAGCGCGAGGUCGUCGACCGCAUCAUCGAGGGCGACUGGCGCCAAGGGCUGAGCCUGUACCAGCUCGCGCUCGUCGACAUCCAGUAUCUCUACGACCAUCCGCUGUCGCUGAAAUGGGGAGCGUUUCGCAUCCAGCCGCUCCGGCCGCCGCGCGACGAGGCGGAGGCGGAGGCGCCGGAGAAGGUCAACAAGAUGUCCUUGGCGGUGCCGCGCUUCCACCCGUCAACGUUCCUCCAGAACCUGCAGGCCGAGGUGCUACCCGAUGUCAAGGCGCAUUACCAGUUUGAGCGGCACAGGAGUCUGCCGCUGUCACUACUUCGCAUCUUUGUGCUAGACUCGCCGUAUACGACGUCUCUGGCCGUGGCAUCGUCCAGUCGUAAUCGGGGCGGUCUCUCGGCGCCUACGAGCUUUGAUGCAUCGAGAACGAUAUAUCUUGCAUUCCCGGAUGCCGCGCCGUACAUUUACAUUUCCAAAAGCACAACCACGGGGGCGACAACCACUGGCGACACGAGGAGUCUGCGAAGUCUGCUCAUCGAUGGCGUUCCAAAAGCCCUGUCCAAGCCCAAGGAGAGGUACGCUUUGACACCGGUGGGACUAAGCACCAAGAACCUUGACGCUCUACUGUCCACGAAAGGCUCGGGAAGGACAAACGCCGCAGGUGGCGGAUGGGGCAUCUAUGUCGAUGAUUCAAAGACCACCGAGAGCCCGCUAAACGUAGUAUUGCCCACGCCGCCGCCGUCAGCACCAGGCUCGGCUGAUGAGGUCUCGUCGCCACAUGACCCCCAACAUGCGGCUUUACCGGUGCGCAAGAAGAGGCCGAGAGACCCCGUGGCGUCGAAGUACGAGCGAGAAAUCAAGCGCCAUCGUUCACUGGCGAAAGCCCGCUUCGGACAUUCCGCGCUGGCUGAGGACGGCAAAGGCAUAGAGAGGUUAGACAUUGUAAUCGAGGAUGCGUUUCCACACUUGCCUGAAAGCGCUACCAACAACAACGACGACGACGACAGCGACGUUACGGAUGAUGAGGAGGAGGAAGACGACAACAAUGCAGACGCUUCCGGCAGGCAAUCGCCAUCAAAAUCUACCAGGGGCAGAAGAAGCACACUCGACAUAACAUUCAUCCAACAGCAAGCCGCCCUUGACGCUGCGGACCCGGACAACAACGACGACGAGGACAUGGUCGAGAACGCCGAGUUUGAGCGCCUCAACGCCGGGACCUGGCGACCCAACGUCCGUCUCACGUUCCAUGGCCCCCACGUCUUCGCAGGCGUCAGGCAGCUCGUCGAGGCCGGCGUGAUCAAUGGCGAGCGCAUGCCUGGGUGGCUCACGGGCGAAGAAGGCGUCACCAUCGGAGCGGUGCGGAGUGGGCGGAUCAGAGGGCACAAAGGUUCCGGGCUCUAGUUACGCGGCACAGCAAGGCUGCGUGUGUGUGUGGCCUGCUUCAUGGAGUGUGAAUGGCUUGUCGCGUUUUGUUUUUUGCCGAUGGUCGGGCUCUUGUUUCUCCCAACGGGACGGUUUGCAUGGCGUUGGACGGGUCAGGGUUUUUCGUCCGUUAUCUCGUGUGUUCAGGCUUUAUGUGGCAAGUGUCCACCCACUAUACCUCGCAAUUAUUGCUCGAUGGGUCGGGUCAUUCACGUCAGAGGUACCUCUGUAUAUAUCGCAUUACCCUCGAGGGGAUUAUUCACCUCCUUCAGAAGUGACAAAUAUCAAUUCCUCUGAUCGAUCA